GAAGAAGAAGAGGAAGAAGAAGAAGAAGAAGAAGAAGAAGAAGAAGAAGACACAUCGAUCACCGGCAUUAUGAUUUUAUUCGUCUGCGCUUCCGAACUCUUACCAAGGUCCAUCGUCAGAGAUAAAAACGCCAACGGAAAACAAGCAACAGUUAUCGGUGGAAGGGUCCAAUCAAGCACCACUGACUUCAGUCCGGAGGUGACUGCACGGAAGUGGGUAUGCCGACACCAGAUCGAUAAAUCGAUUGACUGA